AUGGCCGCGUACGCCAGCGGCGCGUACAACCCGGCGACGUACGAGGACCCGGCGAUGGCGCCCGCCUACCGCCGCAGCGCGCUCCUCGAGCAGACUGUGCCGAAGGACAGCGGCCUGCUGGCGAGUGCCUUGCACGCAGCCGUCGCCUUGGACGCGGUGCCCGAGACGCACUACUGCCGCGAGAUGUGGAAGGCGACGCGGGAGAUCGGGCGGUUCGACGGCGAAGGGUCCGAGUGGUGCACCGCUGCGCUCUCUGCGCUCGUGGGCAUCCCGCUCGACACGAAGCUGGAGCUGCAGCUCGAUCCUAGCCCCAAGGCGUCGUCGCCGCCGCCCACCACUCCGCCAAAGUGA